GUAACAAAUCAAGGACAAGUCAAUUGCUGUUGGUGUUAUUGAAAUUGGUACAUACAUUUUUAGUUUUUCCUUGAAUUAACACAUUAAUAUCAAGUAAAAACAUCGUGAAUAAGCUACAACACAGAAAUAAAUGUAUUAUUUUAUUUAGUUAAGUAUCUUUGACAAAACGAAAUUACAUUGUUGUACUGUGUGCAGUAAAUUGAUAACAAUAAUAAGGAUAUAAUGGAAGAAAAUAAACAAGAAAAAAAAUGUUUGAAGCUUUUUCAAACUAAUAGGGAUAAAAUAAGAAAACACUGGGAUAAAACAGAGUCAGAGGUGGAGGAAGUUUUGACGAAACUUAGAGAAUGGGCAAGUAGGAAAGAGUUUCCAGAAAUACCAAGUGAUAGUAUGCUAGAAUUUUUUGUUACAAAUAAUAAAUAUAAUAUAGAAAGGACCAAGGAUAAUAUUAAAUCAUAUUAUGCAGUACGAAAAAAUAUACCUGAAUUUUUUAAAAACGCACAUCCGAGAUUACCUAAAAUGCAGGAAUGUUGGGAAAUGGGGGUUUAUGUUCCUCUAGCUAUACCACAUGAAGGACUUUACAGAGUAUCUGUUCUCAAACUAUUACCCUAUACCGCCAAAUUUCAUGCUAAUAGGUAUCAUGCGCAUGUAUCAAAUCUAUUUGAAAUACGGAUUUGUGAAGACUUAUCAGUUGGUGAAAUACUUAUUGUCGACUACAGGAACCUGGCAUGGAGUCAUGUGUUUAAAAUAUCUCCUUUUGUUGUACAUAGGAUGGCGAUGGUCGUUGAGAGUAUGUCAAGAACCCGAUUAAAAGAAAUACACUUUGUUGAGCCCCCGUCUUCAAUAAAUAUAUUGUUAACAAUUGCGAAGACCUUUUUGAAGAAAAAAAUUGCUGACAGGAUCAGAAUUCAUAAUUCCAUGGAAACUUUAUUGGAACAUGUUCCCAAAGAUAUAUUACCUGAAGACUACGGUGGCGAUGGCAAACCUUUAAGUGAACAAGUUGAUCUAGUGAAAGAGAAGCUCAUGGAAUAUUAUGAACGAUUUGAUAUGCUUCAAGAAUAUUCCACCAAGGAUUCUUAGUAAUUUAUUUAUGAUAAAAUUAUUUAUAUUUAGUUUAAUUUUUGUGUUAAUUUUUUAUACUUUGUAAAUAAACUUUAGAAUUA